GAGAGAGCCAUCCAAUGACAGCCACCAAUAUCUGGGAAAAAGUCGUCUCUUUCCAUGAUCCUAUCCAUCCUCAACAAAGACCUAAUAAUUGGGAGAUUCUAAUGUGUCAAAGGAGGAGAAAAAUGUUAUAUGGAAAGUUUUAUUAUGCUGUCAAAGGAUUGUGCCUGUUAUCAUCGUGUGAGAUAUUUCUUGUAGGAAUGCCAGAUAAUAGCAUGCAAGAGUUUGGGGGGGAAAUAGGGUUUGGAAGAUCUUUCAUGAAGAUCUUUUCUUCUUCCAAUCUUUCUUGUUUUCCAUUUUUCUAAGGUGGAACUUUCCUAUGUCGAUUUCAUGUUCUUAAAAGAAUCCAUAGAUAUUUAAAAGGCAUUGUCAAAAGAAGAAGAAGAAGAAGAAGCAUUUUUAGGUUCAAAUUGUUGAAAGAUCAACUAUAUUUUCGCAAGAAUAUUUUAUUAUUUAUUCAACAAAUGUGAUAUUUUUUAUGCUUUUUUUCCCCUCUUUUGAAGGUCAUAUAUCCUUCUUCUUUUCCUGUCAACAUAUUUUUUUUUUAGAUUCUAGUUGAAAAUAAUAAUAUAGAAGAUCAAUCAGUUUAUCAAACGAGCCAAACAUUAAAAAUGUAUAAUGUAUAAUUUUACAUGUUUUAAUAUCAUACAAAGUUUUCUAAAUAUUUAAUGCAAUGCUUAAACUAUGUAGUUAUCAUAUCUACAACAAGUGUUCCUAACAAAAUCCACAUUAAGUGAUAUUUUUAGAAAUCAUAGCAUUCAUUCUUGAUACAAAACUCCCACAUCACAAAGAAUCAAUUUUUAGCAAAAAUAAAAACCAACUAGGAGAAAAAUAUCACUGGAUCAAUUGAAUAAAACACAAAAAAGAUCAAAAUCUCCCCCAUCAGAGUUGCCAAAAUGGAUAUGCACAAAUGCUGAUCAUACAUCAAAAUUCUUCUACUAGUAGGAGGGACCAUACAUACACAUUCAUUGAAUUCUUACACAAUGCAAGUAGUGGAUAUUUUCUCCCACUUGUUGGAACCAUACAUCUAAUGGUGUGAAUAUAAAAGGGAGCCAACAACAGAGGAGAAGGAAAACCAAAAUAAGAUCUCUACUUUAUCCAUUGACACCUCGGACCCACGCCAUCUCCACCCGCACAAGACAACAUUAAAAACAUCAAAAGUUGAACUUGGAUAGGGUAUUUUCAGUGGAGGAUAAUGUCACACAGACCAAUCCUGGUGUCUAGCACAGGCCACAAACACCAAUUGUCCAAAAUGAACCGGUCUGAAUCUGAAUGGGCUUUUCAAAGAUUUCUUCAAGAAGCCUCUGCUGCAACCUUUGAUGACAACACUCCCAAUUCUUCAGCUGAUAAAACUGACGUUGUUCAUAUCAAUGAUUAUGGAUAUAGUAAUAACAACGCUACAAGUAAGUGUUGUGAUAAUAAUUAUAAAGAGAAUGCCAUGCCCUUGAGUAAUGGGGCCUGUGCCACUGCUGCUUCAUCGUCGCUUGGUGCUCCGGCGGAUAUUCCUGUGGAAUCUGAGGAUUAUCAUGCGUUUUUGAAGAGUAAACUCAAUAUGGCUUGUGCUGCUGUUGCUUUGUCUCGGGCAUAUUUUGUAAAACCUCUAAAAUCUCCUGCUACAGCUGAAAGUGGAUCACAGGCUUCAAGUACGUCACAUUUGGGAUCCCAUGCUCCUUCUGAAGGAGCUGGGCAUGAUUUAUCUAGGUCCCGAGAUAAAGAUGCUAAUGAGCCACUUGGAACUCCCUCCUUGCCUUCCAUGCAAAAGAAACUUGCAGUUACUGGUAAGCCAACAACAAGUGGAUCAUCCAGAGAACUGUCGGAAGAUGAUGAAAAUGAAGCAGAAACUGAAAUAACUGAGAAUAUGCACCCUGCUGAUGCAAAACGUGUAAGGAGAAUGCUUUCGAAUAGGGAGUCAGCUAGACGAUCAAGAAGAAGAAAGCAGACCCAUUUGACUGAGCUUGAGACCCAGGUUGCUCAAUUGAGGGUUGAAAACUCUUCUCUGCUGAAGCGGCUCGCCGACACAAGUCAGAAGUACAAUGAGUCUGCUGUUGACAACAGAGUUUUAAAAGCUGACAUUGAAACGCUGAGAGCAAAGGUGAGGAUGGCUGAAGAGACGGUCAAAAGAUUUACUGGGUUGAACCAUAUGUUCCAUGCCAUGCCUGAUAUAUCCACAAUGAGUAUGCCAUCGUUUGAUGGAUGCCCCUCUGACACAUCAGCAGAUGCUGCUGUCCCUGUCAAGGAUGAUCCAAAGCAUCACUUCUAUCAGGCUCCUAACAAUCCUAUAUCAACUCAUGACUCCAGGCCCAGAGUCAACUUUGUGUUGGCCGAUAUAUCUUCAGUUGAAAAUGUGCAGCCAAAUUCUGGAACAGCAGCAGGAGUAUCAGGGAACAAGUUGGGGCGAACAGCUUCUUUGCAGCGAGUGGCUAGCUUGGAGCGUUUGCAGAAACGGAUUCGUGGGGGUGCAAGUCCUUGUGGACCUCAGUCCAAUGGGGAGCAGUCGUAACAAGCAAAAUAACCCCGAGUGUCAAGAAGAUUUAGAGAAGAAGAUUCCAUUCCAGUUUGAUUUUUGGUUUAACUGUAUGUAAAGAUCCUAUUCUUUAAGUACAUGUUGAAUCAAACAAUUAUUUUUUACCGCAAUUGGCAAUGCAAAAUGUAGCUCUAUAGAACAGCUUAUCAA